CUGAUUUCUGCGAGUAAACUCGACGCGACAAUCCGCGUACAUCUUUCUCUCCACACGCAGCCAUGAAACUACCAAUUCUUCUCAUUGUGGUGAUAUCGAUUGCGUGGGCGAAAACGGAAAAUGUAGGGAGGUCUGCUCGCGCGCCGCAAGGGCAAAUCAAGUAUGUCGAUGGCGAUUCGAGGAUCAACUGGGAUCUAUACCUUGCGCCCCAGAGCCAGUUGCAGCGGGCGAAUGCUCACCGGCCUCAGCGCGCCGAAGGCGGCUCACCCCUUCGUCUUCGACAGGCUCAGCAGCAUCGUGCCCCAGCCUCGGCGCCACAGCCUCAACCCCAGCAAGUCCAGCAGCAGGCCCAGGGUCCGCAGUACUACAGUUACAAGCCGUACUCGGCGGUGCCGAGUCACAUCAGACAGCUGAUCAAUUCGGUCUAUCAGCCGCAAGCUCCCUACGUCGAUCCUACGUCUUUCAUUUACGGCGGCAACCACUUUGCGGCGGCACCGCAGCAACGUGAACAGCAACAAUUAGCCCCAGCCGCCUCCGAAGUUCCUCGCGGUGCCUACUUGCAACCAUCGGCGAGAUACCAAUCGAUCGAUGCUCAAAGAGCGCAGCCCAGAUACGAAUACAGCGACAGGAGAGUGGAGCGUCAGGAUAGAAUUGCCUACAAGGAGGAUUACGAGCAACAGCAACAGCAGCAGCAACUGCAGCAGCAACUGCAGCAGCAACUGCAACAACAGCAACAGCAGCAGCAACUGCAGCAGCAACAGCAGCAGCAACAGCACCAGCAGCAGCAGCAGCAACAAGUAGCGUUUCCGCUAGGAGCGAUACCCGAACCUCCGCUACCUACUCUAUAUUUGGACAGAAACAUGCCUUCGGAAAUCAAGCAGUUGUUGCAAUAUCAGGCGCAGAUACCAUACGACGUGACAGCGAAUCGCAUUCAGUACAAACCGAAGAGCACUUUUAUCCCCAAGCCGUUAUCCGAUGACGUUAAGGGACCCUAUUAUUACCGCAGCAAGAUUUACUAUCCGAGCGACGACAACGUCGACGCGGAAUAUCAGCAGGACAAGCCGGUCGAAGAGGGACAGCGCCAUUGACCAAGAAUUGACCUACAGGGUAGUAAUACGAUUUAUAUAAUUUAAUAUUCUAUUUCUCGGCGUUUUCUCUUCGAAGAAAAGACGGCUAGCCCCAAGACUCGCUCGAGUUGAAUCCCGUUUUUACUCGCGGAAACAGCUUCUUGAUAUCAUCAAGGGUUUGUUGAGACUAGUAUCUAACACGCUUUAAAUUGUUGUAUCACUUGUUGACAUUUUAAUGACGUAUGUCUUGUACUACCGUGUAUUUGACAAUAACAAAUGCGGUUUUCUUCUUUGACGGUCAAAAACGGAUGAAUGUUUGACACUCGAUAAUUAGAAUCAAUUUACUAAUUAGAAAAAAUAACU